CUAAUGAAAAUGUUAUUACGGUAAUUGAACACGUUACUCAUGUUAUGACACUUUACGUUCCAGCCACGGCAAAAUCUAGUCAACAAGAAGUGGCUCGGUUUACACAGACAGCAUCAAAUAAUAACGAUAAG